AUGCUGGCAUCCUCGGCAUCAAUGAGCACAAAACAUGCAGAAACAUUGACGCCGACAGCAUACACGAAAGAUAAUUUAAAGGUGCCACCUCGAAAAUUGUGGCAGACGAAAAAUAAAAAAUCGGAAUUUGAAAAUGACACGUAUAGGAACACGUAUAGGAACACGAAUAAAGAUGAGAAAUGGGAUGUGAUCGAAUCUCCGCAAUUUGUGGAUUUUACGAAUCUACCAGAUAUAGGAGAUUCGUUUUUCAAUCUUUCAAUAAUAUCUCUUUGUCUAAUAUAAAAUACAAUGAUGAUGAUAACGAGAAAACGUGCAUAAACAAUGAUUCACAGAAACAGGAAACAGAAGAAUAUGUAGUUCGUAGUAAUAAUAUUAAACUGGAACUUGAAAUUAAUAACGAAGUUUGUAAUAAAGUGAAAAAGCCGCAGAAAGUCGAAGUAUAUCCAUUCACGUUCGAUUUACGGGAACAACAUAAGCAAAAGCAAAAGCAAGAACGUCUUAAAAAAUUACUAGAAGAAGAGACUAAAGUGAAAAUAUUUCGGGCAAAUCCUGUGCCUAACUUUAUAAAAUCUCGAAUCAAAACUAUUAAUAAUCAUCAUAAUAACAAUAAGAAUAAAGAAAAUAAACUAGCAAAUGAUAAAAAUAAGCUAACGAGUAAUGACUUAAAUCAAAAAAUACAAAAAUCUGACAAUUGCGACAAGCAAAUUAAAAAGAAUGUCGAAGUGUGGAAGAAACCACCAUUUGUACCAUGUUUGACGAAAAAGAAAUUGCAAUUGCCAAAAACUCCACUUUUGCAUACAGUGACUCGAGCACAAGAAAGAAAGCAGUUUAAUGACACUAUAAAACAAAAAGAAAGACUAAAAGAAGAAAAGAGACAAAUGGAAAUUGCUGCUAAAAAAAAACAAGAAGAGGAAGAAAUUGCUCUGCUAAGAAAAAAAACUGUUCAUAAAGCCCAACCGAUUCGUAAAUAUAAAAUGAGUUUACCGAAAGUUGAUAAACGACCAUUAACUGACCCUUCUAUAAAUUUUGUCAAUAAAGGCAAUUCCAUUGAAUGUAUAUCUCCAAUUGUGGAAAGCAACAAUUUUUAUAAUACAAUCCAGAUACUGUUAGUUAAGGUAUUAGCUAAAAAUUUUAUCAAAGAUAUACAGAUAUGAUUAUAGUGAAAUUUAAAUAUAAUUUUUCGUAGUUUACGUUUACGUGCUUACCACAACUUAUGCUAGAUAAAUAUUAACAAAGACGUGUAUAUUUAACAUACAUAAGCUACUAUAAUAUAUUUUAACAUACAUACAUAUACAGUACGUAUAUAGAUAUAUGAAAGAUUGCCAAUGCAUUCUAGAUUAUAUCGAUAUAUAUGUACUUAUAUAUUUCUAACUUAUGAUACAAAUAUUUAAACAAUUGAUAAACACAUAUACAGAUUACAAAAUGGAUUAUUUCUUUUAACAGCAUAAAGUUUUAUUUUUUGAAAGCAUGAUGUACUACAUAAAUUAUCAAUUUAUAUCUUCUUUUUUAUAUAACGAAAUGUGUUUAAAAGGAUAAAUUUCGUUUUGUAUUAAAUAUAAUAAUUUGUAAUAUUAUGAAUUUAAUAAUAAUAAUCAAAUAAUAAUUAAACAAAUUAUUAGAGAAUACGUAAUACAUAAAUGUUUAUUUUGUAUUAAGUUUUGCUCAUUACAUCUCAGAAAACAUUUCUAAAUAAUUAUUUAUGAAAAAAAUAUAUUUUAAACUUUUCUUGUAUAUUCAAUAACAUCUAUCAACAAAAAUUAUAAAAAAUCUGUCAGUCUUUUUUUAGUAUAUAUUUUAUAUAGUUUAUAAAUACAGACAAUCUUGAAACAAAAUGAUGUAUAA